UACAUGUGGGCCUACUCCCAAAACGAUGAUAUACAUGUACAGUUAGCAAUUCAUUGAAAUGUGCGAAUAAAACAUGGGUCUUGUGAGUUGUUUACGCAGUCGGUGUCUGGGUUUGGGACCCAGGAUGUCUAAUAAUGUGAGGUCUUGGUGCAGACGCUAUGGUCAGGAUCUGAUCAAGAGACACCAAACCACCGAUGCAGAGAGGGCAUUGACCGCAUUCCCUGCAGGAUCCAAUGGCGAAUUCAACCUACCAAAAGAUUUGACAACUGUUCUGACUCGAGGGAAAGACUACGAGGUAUGGGACACAACAGGGAAACGAUAUCUGGACUUCUCUAUGGGGUGGGGCAGUGUACUUGUCGGGCAUGCGAGGGGAGAAGUUCUUGAAGCGGUCACGCGUCAAGCUGCGAAGGGCUCCAACUUUGCUUACAUCAACGAUCAAGAAUUACAACUGGCUGAAGAAAUAAUCAAACUAAGUCCGGCCGUAGAGCAGCUAAGAUUCUGUGCAUCGGGUACGGAAGCGACGAUGUAUUGCGAGCGUCUGGCCAGGGCAUUCACCGACAGGACAAAAGUGCUCAAGUUUGAAGGUGCUUACCACGGAGGCAACGACAUCGGAGUCACCAGUCUAUUCCCGCAUCGGUUACGAGAAUAUCCAGAACCAGAUCCCACAAGUGCAGGUAUAAGUCAGUCAGUUGACAACCACGUCUUGGUUUCUCCAUACAACGAUCUGCAUCAAGCGGAGAUGUUUAUAGAUCGUUAUGCUGAUGACCUUGCUGCCGUGAUCAUGGAACCAUUCCAUCGGUGCACGAGCCCGAAGCCAGGCUUUCUGGAAGGCAUCCGGGCAGUCACGCAGCGUAACGGGGUGCUUCUCAUAUUUGAUGAGGUAGUGACUGGUUUCCGUCUGGCUUAUGGCGGUGCCCAGGAGUAUUACGGCGUGGUACCAGACCUGGUGGCGUAUGGGAAGGCUCUAGGUGGUGGAUAUCCCAUUGGUGUGUUCGGGGGAAGGGAGGAUAUUAUGGGGCUUGUCAGUGAAGAUCGCAUGGGGUCUGAUAGUCGCUACGUAUGGACAGCGUCCUCUCUCGGCGGCAACCCGAUAAGUUGCAGCGCAGCACUCGCUGCACUCUCGAUUUACCGCCAAAAAGGAUCGUAUGAACAUCUGCACAGCAUUGGCAAGUAUCUACGUGCCGGUAUGGCGAAGUGUUUAGCUGAUGUCAAUCUUCCAGGUCAUGUGAUAGGUGACGGUCCUUUGGCGCAGAUAUUGCACUGCGAGACUCUCGUUCAUGACUACAGGCAGCAGAAGUUGCAAGAAAACGCGGAGCAGAGACGCGCUGUUAUGAUUGGUCUAUUCAGACGAGGAGUUUUUCUCAAUCCGAUGGGCACCAAGUUUUAUUUAUCACUGAAGCACACCGAGGAAGCGUGCGACCAGUUUCUGCAGCGCCUGGAAGAUGCACUGUUAGAGUAUAAAGGACAACGAACAUAAGUGGAGUGCAUGCACCCUAUAGUGGCGCUAUGCAUGCAGCCAAGAGCAAUGGCAUGACCUGCAAAGCGCAAUUAAAUUUCUAAAUCUAUUGUCAGUAUUCAAGUACCGUUACGUAUGGGCAUGUCGCCACAUAUCAAUAGCGGAUCUAGAGGGGGUUGGGGGGGGGGGGGGUCGCAACCCCUCCGAUCAGCCGCUAUACCUGUUAUGAAACUAGUAAAAUUGGGCCAACAUAGUAAGUGGAAUGCUAAAGUUCCUAAAUUUAUUCUCAAAUUGCCUUAUACAUGAGAAAGCAUCGCAGAUUUCCAGGAGGCAA